UUCUGCUGUACGCUAGCUACAAACAUUUCGGAUUCUAGUUAGCGAUCGAAUUUGCGUUUUCAGAAUUCUGUAAGUUAGAGAAAUCGAAUUACUCCGUAAUACAGUAUUUUGUGGAAGCCAAGUCUUGUAUAUAUACAAUACUGCAUCCCGCUCUGGUACAUAUUUAUACAUUUAUCUGUGCUAGCUAGCCACGGUUAGCAUACUAGCUAUCAUUAGCCUUAACAUGAAUAUUGAUAACGUUAACCAGUCUGUCACAGCUGGAGUGUCAUCUACGACGUCUUCAACUUCAGUUAACUGCAUCGCAAAUGAUAAUGCAACAACCAACGUGAGCAGCAUCCCUCCGGCCACGAGUAAUGCAUCGGCUUCUGCAGCCAUGGUGACACCAUCAGCAGACACAUCUGUCGCUAACGGCGUCUAUGUCCCAGGUGGCAUCGCCAACGGAGAUGUGAAGUCUGCGUUGUCCACCACGCCUCUGGCAGAUUUCCUUAUGCAGCUGGAAGAAUACACUCCCACGAUUCCUGAUGCAGUUACAGGAUACUAUCUGAACCGAGCUGGCUUUGAGGCUUCUGAUCCAAGAAUAAUUCGUCUGAUAUCCCUUGCGUCUCAGAAGUUUAUCUCAGACAUUGCCAAUGAUGCACUGCAGUACUGUAAAAUGAAGGGCACAGCUUCAGGAAGCUCAAGGAGUAAGACAAAGGAUAAGAAAUACACUCUGACUAUGGAAGACCUGACACCUGCCCUCUCAGAAUAUGGCAUCAAUGUCAAGAAACCGUACUAUUUUACUUAGGCAUUUUCUUCUUCAAAGCAUGGUUGCUUUUGCUAGUUGUACCUUAUUGCUGACACAAUAGAUUUUGUCAGCACCUUGUGUUCUUGAUUAUGGUGCUCUACAGCUGUGACAAAUCUUUGUAGUCAUUUUGCCAUUCAUUAUCUUUUGGAGCACCCUUUGCUUUAUCUUAAAUUGUACAGUUGGAUCUUUUGGGGAGUGUGGGAAAUAAAUACCUAAACAAAAAACAUGA